CCGUGUCACAUGAAUUACCAACUGCAGCUCGGCCAUGCACGCUCAGGUAGGAGAACCACUCCGGUGACUCUUCCAUGAAGCGAAGCGCUGCAACAGGUUCUGGACAGUCCGUGUGUUCUGUUUGCUGAUGUGGGCCGCUAGUUUGCAGGAGAAUUGCUCACGGCAAGUAUCUUCCUUUCUGAAGCUGUUAUUUUGCGACAUCCAUGGAAAUAAGCAACGAGUUUCUAAUUGUUCCGCCUUGAGAAGGUAAAAAAAUAAGCCUGCAGAGAAGCCAAGGGUUCCCAGUCCUGUGUGGGAUGUUAACAGACUGGAGGUGCGUUGAGGCUGAAGGAGCAUGGUGAAACACCAACCCUUACAGGUCUACGAGAAGCAGGUCUUUUUGUCGUUCAUCACUGGGAUCUAUGGUUGCCGCUGGAAACGUUACCAGCGUUCUCAAGACGAGAGUUCGAAGUGGGAGUGUGCAUGGUUCAUCAUCUUGAGCAGUUCUUUUUUUCUGCUUCUCUUUUGGGCCUAUUUCUGGUUGGUGGCUCAGAAUGAUUUCAACGAUUUCAACUGGUCGGUGUAUAAUUAUUCUGGAGAAUGGAGGGAUGAGACCAUCCCUAUUCUCACUUCUACCACAGUGGGAUUCAGCUAUAUCACAUUCCUCCUGAUUUUGGCACUUUUCCAUAUAUCCUUGGGUCAACAGCUCAAUCUCUACUGGGUUCACAAGGUCGGAGUACUGGCUACUCUACUCACCACUGUGUCUGGUUUUGUCUCUGUCAAUGACAUUUGGCGAGAUGAGUGGGAAAUCAUACUUGUUUCACUACAGUUCACUGCACCUUUCCUGCACAUUGGAGGCCUGGUCACAGUCACAGCUCUGAGCUGGUUGGUAGCUGGGUAUGUGGUUCGCAAAGAGAGAUCCAAUUUCCAGGUGAUGGUGUUUACAAUCUACAUUCUAGUCCUCCUGACUCUUUGUCUUGCGCCUCUUACCUUCACCUGCCCCUGCAUUAUGGACCGUCAUGUCCUCAAACCACCACCAGUCAUUAUUGGUCGACGCGGAGCUCCUAUGCUGGCCCCUGAAAACACUGUGAUGUCCUUUACCAGAGCCCUGCAGCAUGGAGCUAACUCCCUGGAAGCAGACGUUACCAUCAGUGUGGAUGGAGUUCCUUUCCUCAUAAGGGACCAUACUUUAAGACGGACCACAGAUGUCAGUAAGGUCUUCCCCUCCAGAGAGCAUGAAGAAGCCUCCUCCUUUAACUGGACAGAGAUUCACUCUUUAAACGCAGGCCACUGGUUUUUGGAGAGCGACCCCUACUGGACAGUAAAAGCCCUGAGUGCGAAGGAUCGCAGCAGGAUAGGAAACCUGACGAUUUGCAGCUUGGUAGAGAUGCUCCGUCUGGCAGCCAGGGCCAACAGCUCUGUGCUGCUCAACAUCCGCAAGCCUUCACCACAUCACCCGCGCUUCCGCAGCUGGUUUAUGGACACAUUGUGGACUCUGCAGAAAGCAGGAAUUUCUCAGAAAAAGGUGACAUGGGCUCCUGACACAGACAGAGGAAGGGUGCGAGGGCUUCUACAGACCACAAAUGAAAAGCUGUCAGUGAAAGAGAUAAGGCACCGGGGAAUUACAAGUGUGACCCUCCACUACAGAAAGAUCAGCUACAAAGACAUUCAGGCAUAUCUGGCCAACAAUGUGAGUGUGACUGUCUAUCCUGUGAAUGAGCCCUGGCUCUACUCCAUUCUGUGGUGUAGCGGGGUGCCUUCCGUGUCCUCUGAUGCCCCUCAAGUUCUCCGAAAAGUGCCUUACCCCGUCUGGCUCAUGAGUCACAGCUCUUACAACUUCAUCUGGAUCUCUUCAGACCUCGUCUCUGUUGCUGUCGUAAUGGGGAUUUUCUUUUUCCAGAACUAUCAUAUGAUCAGGUGGAGGAUAAGUGGGAUGCAGAACUAUAACCCAGAGCAGAUCAUGCUGAGUGCUGUGGUACGACGACCUAGUCGAGACGUUAACAUCAUGAAGGAGAAGCUCAUUUUCUCAGAGUUGAACAACGGGCUGGGCAGCACAGAGGAGCUGUCUCUGUUUCCUGAGAAUGGUCUUGUUAGAUAUUCUCAUGGAGGCCUCAGCUGCUGAACAACACAGACAGGGACAGUAAAUACCUUGGAGCUUGUACACUGAAUAUACUUUCAGAAUGAAUAGACCCGAAUGUACCCUGCCAGUGGCACAAGGAUCAUGAGUGUGUAGCUGCCAUCAUAAACACAGACAGUUGGUUAGUUUAAAUGUCAUAACGAAGCUGUUUUGGCAACAUAAUGUACUUUUCAGUUUAUUCAUUGUAAACCACCUUCCAUUAACAUAAUACCAUAUUUCCAUUAAACCCUGUUUUUUUUUGUCGAGAAAAAAUAUGAGAGCAUCAAUUACCAGAGUACCAACAUAAAGUAAGAACAGUGGGCUGGUACGUAAUUAUCAUUUGUUAAAGGACCCGCUUACAAAUGAGUUGUUUUAAAACAUAAAACACCUGACAUGAAACUGAAAUUCAUUUUCAAAUUUACUCUCUUUUAAAAAAAGAGUAGCCUAAACACCCAUUUAAUAUGACAAGUAAAAUUUAUAUUACUUACAAUAUACCCGACUUUACUUGUUCUGAGAAAGCUGUACCAUUGAAAUUUUUUGGUUUUUCAGUUUAGAUUUUUCUUUUUAAUCCAAACUGAACUGAACAUUGGAGUUUGUUAUAUUUACAUCAGUUAUUAACACAAUGAUUUUUUGUUUUUGCUUCUCAGAGGAGAUUAAAUGGUUUCAGCAACAUUAAAUUUACAUUUAAGUUUGCAUUUGUUAUCUCUAUGUUAGCAGGGGCUGGGGGCAAGCGGGAAAAUGGUACUUUCCUGCAUUUUCAUGGUUGAAGGUGCUUUGGGGGCUUUGCAAGGAUGUUAUCAAUAUUCUGCCUCUUCUAUAAUGCCAUGAUUGUUUUACAUGUGUAUGUGAAGUCCAUUUAUCUAUUGUGAGUCUCACAUGAUGCCUUUUGUUUCAUGGAUGUACUUGUAGAGUAUUGUUGGGUUUUAUAGCGAUACUAAUUUAAAGCUACUCUUAUAGCUGCCGACAUAAUCAGUAUUCAAUAAAGUUUCUCUUCUUAUUAUUGUA